AUGUGCUACUUUGAGCAAACGCUUUGGAGCUGUGGCUACUGGCGUUGGGGCCACUUUCGCCAACAAUGCAACAAGGAGUACCGCAUGGGCGAGACUUGCGGCCUCAAGCUAGUGUAUAUCACGAAAAACGAGCCAGACGUCUGCAAACUCUGCCACGACAUAGAGAAGAAGCAGCGACGCUAUGACAAGAUGGCUCGCGACGUCGAGCGCUGGCAGCGCGAGGGCAACCGCAGGGCGACGAUUGAGAGGACGUGUGGAGAAAUGCGAGAGGUGGCCGAUCAAAUUCACAACAUGAGGGCAGAGCAUUAUCAUAGAACAUCUUCGCUUGGACAGGCCCGCAUAUGCGAGUCGAUCCGUCCGAAGAGUAGACAAACCGCGGCUGCAAAGGGUGCCGCUCGGGUGUCAAUUGAAGGCCAAACGUACGACUCUCUAGGGCUCAACAGCCCCAGCGGUCAUCUUGGUAUCAGCCUCGAGCUUUCCAAGGCAGAAAGACCCCCCUCCCAAUGGUCUGAUUUGCUCGCUUCUCCUGCCUGA